UUCUGCUUGCAUUUUGAACGUUUCAGCUUAGCAUGGCUCCGAUUUCUAUGGCCUUUCUACGGUUCAUGGGCGACGAAACCGAUGCUCGAAAAUACAGUUAUAGCUUAGAAGUGGGUGGAUAUGGGAGGAAAAUGACAUGGGAGGAAACCUCACGAAGCAUUCAUGAUAGCCACAAAAAGGUUAGAGACAGUCAUGACGGCCUCGUUAUGCCUCGUAUAUUAGCACUUUUUUUCUCAGGUGAGGAUAGGAAAGAGCUAAAGCUUCGGAUCACUAGAAGAAUAUGGAAGGAACAGAAUCUAGAAUUGACUGCCUGCAUAUCAAAUCUUUGCAAUUGAUGAUCAAUUUUGCACAAAAUUCUGCUGCGUUCAUAUUCUAGUCAUAUUCACAUUUUUCACCAUUAUUGAGUUUUUGACUCGC